AUACCAGUAAAUACCCUUCAGGCCGCCCUCGACCACAUUUCUGCUUUUUAUAUCCGUCGUCGACAAGGACGAUGCGGCUUACUGACCGUCCUGAAGUGCAAUGGGCGCGACAUAGCGGUUAUAUCUUUUUGGUCUGCGUCUUUAUUGUCUUUCUGCAAGCCGGCCUCUGGGCAGAAAGCAGGAGCCAUACUGGAUUGGGUACCCCAAAAUCGGUUUUCUCGCUAGCGGAAACGAGUUCUGUGGCGACUAUCAAUACCCAUCCGAUACCGAAGCUGAUAGAGGCAGCCGAAGAACAGUACCGGGCCAAGGUGUCGCGGCAGAGCCAGACGUUGGAGGAUGCUGUCGUGGAGUACAAACGACGGUACCGCCGCCCGCCGCCGAAGGGCUUCGAUGCCUGGUGGCGUUUCGCCAAGGAUAACGACGUGAUCAUGGUAGAUGAGUACGAUGGGCUGAUGGAAGACCUUGAACCAUUUUGGAGCAUGCCGGGACAAGAGCUUCGUCGACGGUCCCGACAGGCUGCCGAGCUUCCCUCAAUUGACCUUGUGAGAGUACGGAACGGCAAGGCGACUCUGCUCAAUCUAAACAGGGGUUACGAGAAUGGCGAUGUCAGCGCUAGAGCCCAGGGAUUGCAUAGGAUGAUGGAGAAAUUCGUUCAUACUUUACCUGACAUGGAUUUCCCCGUCAAUGCCAAUGCCGAAGGUCGCGUUACCGUACCAUGGGAGCAUAGGAAGUAUACAAAUCUUACAAAUCAAGAUUCUACAGCUGGUGUCGAAAGCAUGCUCGGCGGAGAAUUUAUCCCGGAUUGGCGUGGCGACGGUAACGUAUGGGAGGCUAUGCGGCGAACAUGCGAACCGACGUCUCCCGCGCGCCGUCUGUACGCAUCCACCAAGAACGUCUUCUCCGCCCAACCUAUCGAUUAUAUGUCCGGAACGCAACGUCCAGGCAAUGAUUUCAACUUCCUGUCUUCCACUUCGGCGAACCUCGACUUUUGUACUCUUCCACAUGCACAUUACCAGCAAGGACUCUUUUUCUCCGAUUGGCGAACAAUACCCGUGCUUUACCCCGUGUUUAGUCCGGCUAAGGCCAAAGGUUUCAUGGAUAUCAAGAUUCCCAGCCACUACUACUACGGAAGCACCAAGCGGUAUACCUACGGUUGGGAUCCCAUCAACCUGGAAUUGAAGGAGACCGACGAUAUGGAAGUACCGUGGGAGCACAAGUUGGACAAAGUCUUCUGGCGAGGCUCAUCUAUCGGUGGAGGGAACAAUCCGAGUGGUUUCUCUCCCCAGUAUCACCGCCAACGGUUUGUCAGAAUGGCGUCACAGAUCGGUAACAAUAACCGGACCGUGACCUUCGAGGACCCACCAUCGUCCUCGCGCUUUGUGUCUGUUCCUGUAUCGAUGGGAAAACUCAACGACGACAUCAUGAAUGUCGCCUUCACUAAGGCCACCAACCCCGAGGCUUAUCCUGGCGGAUUAACUGAGUUAGUCAAGGACCACCGGUUCGGUGACGCUGUGUGGCUAGGGUACAAUUGGAGGUACAAGUACAUCGUUGACCUUGAUGGCAUGAGCUACAGCGGGCGCUUUAUGGCAUUCCUUGCUAGCGACAGUGUCCCUGUCAAGGCUACAAUGUACAAGGAGUUCUAUUCGGAUUGGAUACAGCCUUGGGUACAUUACAUCCCGCUAUCGACGACGUACAAGGAGAUAUACAACAUCCACGCGUAUUUCUCCGGUCCCUCGCCUGCGACGGUUGAGGCUGCAGAGAGUCUGGGUGUGAUCCUACGGCACGAUGCACAUAUGUCACAAACGGCGGACCGCCAACUAAGGCGGAUUGCCCGUGCAGGGAAGCAAUGGAAAAAGACCAUGAACAGGCCAAUCGAUAUGGAUGCUUAUGUCUACCGACUGUGCCUCGAAUAUGCUAGGUUACUAGCUGAGGAUAGGGAUGCUAUGGUUUACGAUCCGUAAAAAGCUCUUAUAUAGAUACAGAUCUCUUGCUUUUUAAUCACUGAUUUUCAGAUUGACAUUGUAGCACUAUAACGCAGUAUAUCGGAUUAAUGCGGAGAGUAUUUUAUUGGGUUUUUCGAGUGCCUGAAGGAGGCUCGUAGUGAUGUGGUGCUUGAAAUUUGCAAUGGGUCUGGACCGUCAUAAGAUAAGUGUGUGGACCGCGUUGGUUAAUUAUGAAAUGAUACCCGUAGACCUGCGCUAAUCGGCCCUUUGUGACUACUGGCUUUUAGACGAUUGGACUAUUCACCCCUUUCUUGUG